AUGUUUAGAUCCAUUCUUUUGCUCUCUUCAUUCCUCUUAUUUCUUUCUUUAAUAUGUUGUAUUCUCGAUCUCAAUAAAUAUAGAAUUUUGAAACGACAAGCUCUCAGAUCCCCUCCCCGCGACUGGCGAGAACUUUGGCGAAUAAAGAUGAUAUGGGCUAUCAUUGUUGGGUUCAGCAUCUCCAUCACAGUCUCUUCAUCAACAUCAAAUACAAAAGUUCUUUCUAUCCUUUCUCCGUUGCUCAAUAAGGUUAUUAUACUUAUUCAGGUGUACGCCAUCAACCAGAUACCUGUAUCCUUAGUUUUGAAAGAUGGGAUAUGGUAUAAAAUGAUAUUCAACACUAUUUUCGUAUGGUUCACAAUUGUGUAUAUUAUACUCUCUGUGUUAGGUACAAGUUGUUGGUCAUUGCCAGGAGAAUUUUUCUUCCUUGCAGUUGCAAAGUCAUGGCUUCUUCUCACUUCCUACAACAAACGAUAUUGGAGAAACAGAGGAUCUCACAAUACUGUUUUACCUGGCCUAAUCCUUGAUAUUAUCACGAAUAUACUAGCAUGUGGUGGUAGCAUCGCUAGCGUUAUCAUUGACUAUUCCGACCAGCGGAAUGGUCCAGGGAGCUUAACAUCCAUACAAGCUUACAUUCUGCUUGCUGGUCUUCUCCUUGUCCGCGGAAUACUAGGCGAACUCUGGCGGCUAUGGAAGGUCAGGGAUCGGGGUGGUGUAUUUAUCGGAAACCAAGGGGCAAACGAUAUUAUGCAAGCGUCAAGAGAUCGGGUAAUCGUCGUAACGAGGGGCAAUGAUGAGGUGGUCAAUGAAUAUCCUAUUUCCGAAGAUCUACAGCGACCACCUAGAGCUUUUGUUUUAGGUGGUCGUCAAACGCGGGUACAGUAG